UGAUUUUUCCGCUAUUUUUAAUUUAAAAUGUGUAUAGAGGAAGUUUAAAUAGACAGGGGAUUCGAAAAGUUUGUGGGAGUUGCUAUGAAAUAGUAUAAAAAUAGUUAUAUAUUAAAAGUUAUAGUUAUAGAUAUGGUAGUAAUAAAGAGAAUUGGAGAGAAAAAGCUGAGAUUUAAUGGAAUGGUCUUCCUAUGUACAAAGAUAAAAUAAAAGUGUUGGAAUUUAUGUAGAAUAAAAUCAAAGAGCUUGAAAGUCCAUCAAUAAAAAUAACUAAGUUCUUUAAAUAAAAGUCUCAUAUAGAUGGAAAAUAAUAAGAAUAAAAAAAUGAAUAAAUAAAAGAAUAAUGUGAUAUUGAAGAGUAAGCAAGAUUAUUGACAGUUUAAAAAACAAAAAAAACUAAGUAUAGUGAAUUUUACGAAGAUAAUUAUUGGAGAUUGAAAUUAGAAAAUUAAUUUCUAACUCAUGAUUAAAUAGAAUAAUAGAUAAUUAAAAUAUGGGAGAAGGUAGAAGAUAGAGAACACUAUCCGAUUAAAUAAAAAAUAAGUUUCUGAUGAG